AUGGGAUAAAAUUUUCAGUAAGUUCAUUGCUUUUAGGCAUUUCACCUUGAGAUACUUUAUGUGUGGAACAAAUGUUAGUUUAGAGCACGGUGUAAGAAUAAUUUAGGUGCUGACACUCGCCGCUCCCCGUAGAGAGAACGCGCGGGCAGAUUGUGUUCGCAGAUGACCUUGAAUCGGCGGUAGUUUUCGCCGCAAGGGUACAGAUGGCGCUGUAGUAUGGGAGCCCAGGGGCCCGCGCUGCCCGCUCGGGUGCGUUCAGAAAUUUUCACGCCACGCGCGGGGUGAAUACACGUGGUAUAGGUGCAGAAGUGUACUUGCUGAAACUCGUGUGUGUGUGUGUGUGUGUGUGUGAAGGCUUCUCCGGAUUCUCGAAAAGUGUUUGGUUGUGCCUGUCAGUCCUGUGAGUGCAUUGUUCGGCUGAUUGGUAUUCUGCUGGGAUUCACUCAACGUAUACCACGCCGCGUCAUGUGACGCCGAGUGCAAUUAGUUGCGCUCAGGCUUGCUGCGCUUCAAAAUGGGCAAGAAGUGCUUUGUACCGAAUUGCAAGUCGGGGUAUCGGACAUGCACGGAGCGUGUGUCGCUUUUCAAGGCUCCGCGUGAACCCGAACGUUUAGAAAAGUGGCGACGGGCGAUUCCGAGAGCAGACAGAGUUUUGCAGCCUACCGACCACGUGUGCGCGAAGCACUUCCCGAAUGAAGUGAUCUCUGCAACAUAUCACGCGGAAUACAAGGGGAACGUCCUUCUGCACGCACAAAAAAAGCCGGUGCUCUCACCCGACGCUGUGCCUAGCAUUUUCCCGAAUUGCCCAGGAUACUUGACUGUGCAGCAAAAAACGAGAAAACCUCCGCGGAAACGGCAGGCUCUGCCGCCGACUUCUCAGAAGCCUAAGAAGCAAGGACAGCCAGAAGCGUCGAAUGCUUCUGAAGAGCUACACCUGGCCGUUGAAAAUACACCAAGUUUAUUGCUGGUUGACACAACGAGUUCAAAAUAUUCUGAUGCCGAAUCAACAGACGCGCCUUGUAAGAGGCCACGCUUGGAUUUCAGCAGCGUCGCGCCCCCUCCACGUGAAGAAAAGGAUCCUUUUCAACACGAUACUGACACAUUGAGUGGCACAUGCACUGCCGACGCACCUAGUCACACAGCUGAAAAGCAACAAGUUUCUUCCUCAUCUCAAAAAACUACGGAGCAAGAGAGAAGUCAUGGACCAACGCAAGAGCAGCGACCCACCGAGUCCCUGUUCCUCCAGGACGGAGGACAGCAAAUGACAAUUUCCGCUCUGUCAGGCUGUGCUUCCAGCCUUAAACUCCCAAGUGAAGCCUGGGCAGUCCAAGUUUCUGACAGAUUUGGGGUUAAAUCUGUUGUUUUCAGUGAGCUAGAAUUGCCGAAAGAGAGUAACCAGGCGCCUUUUCAUAGAAAAGUACUAGAAGUAACCACAUCACAUAAUGACUCCUUGUCAGUGAAAUGUUUUGUUUAUGGCCGUUUUGUUAACGUACAGACCAUAAGUUCUGGUUUGCCCAUGAAUUCCCUAGCUGAUAUAGAGUGUGCAGUACGGGUCUUUCAUGAAAUGCAUGUGUGUGCAGGUGGUCCCAGUGGUGAAAUGUACAAUAAUAUACGCCCCGAGUGCGCAUAUAUUGACAAAUGUGGAACCUGGCGGCACAACCGUUGCCUACUAGUGACAGAGAGUACAAGUUGCAAUGCAUGUGCUAAGUUAAAAGAUGUACUUCGUAUUUAUGCUGCACGAAAGAAAAAGAAUUCUCAACUGAAACACAUUCGCAUUCCGGCCAGUCCAUCGAAAAAAACACGCAUUGAAAUGUUGCGGCGCGCCAGGAUUGCCUGCUACAAGUCAAAAGUGCGGCUUCAAAAACAAAAACAUAAUCUUGAACAAGAAUUGGCUAACUGCAAAUCAAAACUACUAGAAAUCAGUAAUGAAACACUCGAACGCCUUUCCAGAGAAGCAAACCUUCCUGAAGCGCAAAAGCUGGUGUUGAAAGAGUGUGUAGCUGCAGGCAAAGCUCGCUCAAAAAACGGUAGAAGAUACUCAGAUGACUGGAUCUUGCUCUGCCUUCUCCUCCAUAUUAGGUCACCUGGAGGAUACAGAUUCUUGAUGGAGAGUGAAAUUCUCGCCUUGCCUUCAGUACGAACAAUACACCGCUACAUCUCAUUGGUGGGCUUUAAAACAGGCUUUGAUAGUAAGUUCUUCAUAGCCUUAAAAAAGAAACUUGAAAAGAAAGAUGACUUCAAGCGGCACGGUAUUAUCAUCUUUGAUGAGAUGCAAGUCCGUAAAAGUAAGGCUGUCAACUCAAAGACAAUGACCUACGUCGGUCUGGCAUCAGAGACGGAAAACAGUACCGAGCUUGCAGACCAUGCUCUUGUUUUUAUGUUCUGCCCUUUUGGUGAAAGUUAUGCUCAGCCAAUAGGUGUUUUUGCAGCAAAAGGUGCCACGAGGGGUACUAUUCUUGCACAGUUGCUCCUUCAGGCAAUUUUACUUAUGGAGGAAGCUGGAGCAAAAAUUCAUGGGUUUGUUUGUGAUGGAGCUUCGACAAACAGGACUAUGUGGCGAACACUGGGUAUAAGUGGGUCACUAGAAGCCUGCCGGAACUCCUUCACACAUCCAAGCGACCCCACACGAAAAGUUUUUGCAUUUUCUGAUGCUCCACACCUCUUUAAAUGCAUCAGGAACCGUCUUUUGCAACAAAGGUACCUGAAAAAGGAGGGACGUUGGAUUAGGUGGGAGGACUAUGCAGCAGUUUAUAAAGAAGACCAAGCGAAUGUUGGAGCUUUGAAGGUGUGUCCAAAAAUAACACAUUCCCACAUUUAUCCAAGCAACUGUGAAAAGAUGCGGGUAAAGCUUGCCACGCAAGUGUUCAGUCGCUCGAUGGCAGCAGGUAUUGAAUUUUACAGAAACCGUGGUGUGCGCAGUCUGGGAGACACUGAAGCCAUGCAAGAAUUCACAUUGUUUCUUAAUAAUCUUUUCGAUGCCUUGAACCGGCGGUUUCCUCAUGAAGGUGUCACAAAGCAGGGCUCUGACCUAGGCAUUCUGUCACGUGGGGUAGAAUGGUUGGAUAACUGGGAAAAAGAGCUGCAGAGUGGAAAUAUCACGAAAGAUAUGUUCCUGACAAAAAGCACUUCUGAAGGGCUCCGAGUUACCUUGAGAUCAACUAAAGAGCUUUGUGAGGUUCUUUUGCAUCAGUACGAGUUCAGAUACGUUCUUACAAAUAAAAUGAAUCAAGAUCCGAUCGAAAGAUUCUUUGGCAAGAUAAGACUUGCUGGAAGCCAGAAUGACCAUCCUUCAAUGCCAACAUUUAUGCAACUGUACAAUACAAUGUCCAUUUACAGCCUUCUGAGGCCUCCCAAGUUUGGCAAUUGCUGCGUGGUCGAUGAGAAGCCAUUACUAGACGCAUCAGACUUCAGAGCCCUGAUCGAACUAGGCAGUGCAAGCAACUCUUCGCCUGGCUUCAUUGAUCAGCUAAAAGAAAAGCUUGAUAAACUGAUUCUUGUUGAGGACUGGGAAUCUACCGUGAGCAGGAGCAUCUGGGAGGUGACGCAAGCAACCUGCCUGGGACUAUUCCGCAAAUAUGUGCACCUACCGACAAGUGCAGAAGUGAAGUCCGUCGAGACAAGAUUUCAUAUCACUGGCUUUCCGGGCAUCACUGGCUGCAUCGACUGCACGCACCUGCAAAUCAUCAGUCCCGGAGGAGACAACGCAGAAGUGUGCUCCGAAGGUGCAGACACAGCGGCUCCUGAUGAAGACAUCAGGGAGCCAGAAGACUCUGAGCUCUACUAUGAUGGUGACAUUGAAUGCGUCAUCUGCAACAUUUCGUCGCGAAGUCAGCACCUGAUGGCAGCGCAGAAGCGACCUCACAAUGCCCUUACGUUGGAAAGGAAGAUGGAGAUAAUCAACGACUUCGAGAGUGGUCGCUUCACUAAAACAGCGCUUGCGACGAAGCACGCCGUCCCCAAGAGCAGCCUCACGAGGAUACUUCAGGACAAGGAUAAGCUGCGGCAGGCUUUCGAGACGUCACGCUUUGGCCCUCAAAGAAAACGACUGCGGGUGGCCGACCACAAAGAUCUGGAGAUUGAUGUGGCAACAUGUCUGGAAAACACCGUGGAGAGCAUUGUAGCCGAUGUUUGUCCCCCCGAUGAAAGCGAAGACGAGGAUGAAGAAGUCGAACACGAGACUGCCGACUCUGAUCCUGUGGUGACACCUGCGCAGGCGGAAUCGGCAGUCCAGAUGCUGAAGAGUUUCUUCCAACGAGAAUAA